AUGGUUAACAAGUCCAUGCGGUGCGCGAACAAGGCCGCUGAGAGCGCGUCUGCACGUCUCUUUGCAGACGCCGAUGCAGAAACCGCUGCAAUCGAUGUGUCAUCGGUUGCUAUAGCGACUCAGCCUGUAUCACCUGGUGAUGCAGGCGCUCGUCAUGAAGACACUCUUGUCUUCACAAAGUAUGAUCUCGGUGUCUCAUACUCUCCUGAUACGGAAGAGGGAUCCUUAUCGAAGAAGGUUAAAAACAAGCCGCCUGCUAAGCGUGGCACGCGUCUUAGCAUCUUUGGUUCAUCUGAUAGAUCAGAUGAACCAUCGCCAAAGCGAAGGCAUAACACGCAGGUAGCGCGUAUUGAUCGAGGCCAUUUUCAAAAUAUGAUCGGCAAGAUUUGUCGAUAG